AUGACUGGCAGCCACAUUUGUUGUAAUUUUUUAAACAUGUGGAAAAAAAGCAAGAUAUCGACCAUGUAUUACCUUAACCAAGAUGCCAAAUUAUCUAACUUGUUUCUCCAGGCAAGCAGCCCAACAACAGGGACAGCUCCCAGAAGCCAGUCCAGGUUGUCUGUGUGUCCAUCCACUCAGGACAUCUGCAGGAUCUGUCACUGCGAAGGGGAUGAAGAGAGCCCCCUCAUCACACCCUGUCGCUGCACAGGGACCCUGCGCUUUGUCCACCAGUCCUGCCUCCACCAGUGGAUCAAAAGCUCUGACACACGCUGCUGUGAGCUCUGCAAGUAUGAUUUCAUAAUGGAGACCAAGCUCAAACCCCUCCGGAAGUGGGAGAAACUACAGAUGACCACGAGUGAAAGGAGGAAAAUAUUCUGCUCCGUCACGUUCCACGUCAUUGCAAUCACCUGUGUGGUCUGGUCUCUGUAUGUGCUGAUAGAUCGGACCGCGGAGGAAAUCAAGCAAGGUAAUGACAACGGUGUCCUUGAAUGGCCAUUUUGGACAAAACUGGUUGUGGUGGCCAUUGGCUUCACAGGAGGUCUCGUCUUCAUGUAUGUACAGUGUAAAGUCUAUGUUCAGCUGUGGCGCAGGCUGAAGGCCUACAACCGCGUGAUCUUUGUGCAAAAUUGUCCAGACACUGCCAAAAAACUGGAGAAAAAUUUCUCGUGUAAUAUAAACACAGACAUCAAGGAUGCCGUGGUAGUGCCUGUAUCACAAACAGGUACAAAUUCACUGCCAUCUGCAGAGGGCAGUCCCCCUGAAGUUAUACCAGUUUGAUGGAACCAGUUGGGAGUUUCUUCACUGAAGAAUAUCUUUCUAGCCCUCAGCCACUACAAAUGACAGAAGUGAUCCUGAAUUAUUCACUCCCUUUUGCUCCUCUUUUCUCCUACUGGCACGUUUUUCCUUACUUUGUUUAAAAAGGAAGAGGGGAAAAAUACACCAAAUGACCAGGAUCCCAUGAAGCACAGCCUAAAGUGUGAUACGGAAAUGGGAAAAGUUUGCCAGAGAAUGAUUUCAAAGACAAUUCAGAAUCACUGGAGCAGGAAUGCUUUUAGGCAAUGAUAAAAGAUUAAAUGGACACAUGAUAUUCUUCACAGUAGCAGGGGAAAGUUCAAGAAUACAGACUUGAAUUGUAACGUGUAUUCCUUCUAGGGUCUUGUAUGUUAACUAUCUCAUCUGGAAAUAACAAACAUAUUUGGUUUUAAGCCUGAAACUGUCUGCAUCAUCCCUAAGUUACAUUGAAAGCAAACUUGGAGGAUGCAUAUUUUGAUAUGCUUUAACAGCUAAUAGAUUUUUAUGGCUAUAGUGGAGUCAGUUAUUUUGACAGAUGCAUGUUUUUUAAAAUAGGUGCAAUAUACAUUUGAAAAUAUUAAUAAUUGGAAUCAUGUUUAAAUCACGAGCAAAAAAAAAAAAAUCCUGAAAAUGUUGGGGUUUAAUUAGCUCUGUUAAAUACCCACAGAAGCCGAAAUCAGUUAUCAGGUCUUAUAUUUUAUCUCGUUCCUCUAAUACAGUGCUGUCCAACAGAAAUAUGACAUGGGCCACAAAUGUGAGCCACAUAUGUAAAUUUUAAAUCUCCUUGUAGCCCCAAUAGAAAAAGUAAAAAUA